AUGAUAUACGGCAUCAUAAAUCACAAAUACUGUAACAGCCUAGCACAUAUUCAUAGUAACACUGCAGAGAGCAACAAUGACUGCAUGAAGAACCAGCAUAAAGAAAUCCAACGCCCCCAACGGGGAAACCAACGCCCCAAACGGGGAAACCAACGCCCCCAACGGGGAAACCAACGCCCCCAACGGGGAAACCAACGCCCCCAACGGGGAAACCAACGCCCCCCAACGGGGAAACCAACGCCCCCAACGGGGAAACCAACGCCCCCAACGGGGAAACCAACGCCCCCAACGGGGAAACCAACGCCCCCAACGGGGAAACCAACGCCCCCAACGGGGAAACCAACGCCCCCAACGGGGAAACCAACGCCCCCAACGGGGAAACCAACGCCCCCAACGGGGAAACCAACGCCCCCAACGGGGAAACCAACGCCCCCAACGGGGAAACCAACGCCCCCAACGGGGAAACCAACGCCCCCAACGGGGAAACCAACGCCCCCAACGGGGAAACCAACGCCCCCAACGGGGAAACCAACGCCCCCAACGGGGAAACCAACGCCCCCCAACGGGGAAACCAACGCCCCCAACGGGGAAACCAACGCCCCCAACGGGGAAACCAACGCCCCCAACGGGGAAACCAACGCCCCCAACGGGGAAACCAACGCCCCCAACGGGGAAACCAACGCCCCCAACGGGGAAACCAACGCCCCCAACGGGGAAACCAACGCCCCCAACGGGGAAACCAACGCCCCCAACGGGGAAACCAACGCCCCCAACGGGGAAACCAACGCCCCCAACGGGGAAACCAACGCCCCCAACGGGGAAACCAACGCCCCCAACGGGGAAACCAACGCCCCCAACGGGGAAACCAACGCCCCCAACGGGGAAACCAACGCCCCCAACGGGGAAACCAACGCCCCCAACGGGGAAACCAACGCCCCCAACGGGGAAACCAACGCCCCCAACGGGGAAACCAACGCCCCCAACGGGGAAACCAACGCCCCCAACGGGGAAACCAACGCCCCCAACGGGGAAACCAACGCCCCCAACGGGGAAACCAACGCCCCCAACGGGGAAACCAACGCCCCCAACGGGGAAACCAACCUACUGAAGGAAGCAAAUAUCUCACCUGCUAACAGUUCCUCCAUCCUCAACUUCUGCGGCAUCUGCAAAAAUAUUAAGAAGCUGAAUAACUUUACAUCAACAGAAUUUGAGUCCCCCAACGGGGAAACCAACGCCCCCAACGGGGAAACCAACGCCCCCAACGGGGAAACCAACGCCCCCAACGGGGAAACCAACGCCCCCAACGGGGAAACCAACGCCCCCAACGGGGAAACCAACGCCCCCAACGGGGAAACCAACGCCCCCAACGGGGAAACCAACGCCCCCAACGGGGAAACCAACGCCCCCAACGGGGAAACCAACGCCCCCAACGGGGAAACCAACGCCCCCAACGGGGAAACCAACGCCCCCAACGGGGAAACCAACGCCCCCAACGGGGAAACCAACGCCCCCAACGGGGAAACCAACGCCCCCAACGGGGAAACCAACGCCCCCAACGGGGAAACCAACGCCCCCAACGGGGAAACCAACGCCCCCAACGGGGAAACCAACGCCCCCAACGGGGAAACCAACGCCCCCAACGGGGAAACCAACGCCCCCAACGGGGAAACCAACGUGUGUGCCUCAUGGAUGGCACUGCCACCUCCUCCAUGGGGAUGA